UAUACAUAUAUGGUUACCAUUCAUUCAUUUGUUUGUUCUUAGUGUUAGAAAAUGAGUUCCACUAUAUAUUAACCGCUACACUAUGAAAAUGUUUCGCAAUGAAAUGUGAAAUCUGUGACAGAACUCCAGUUUAAAAGUUUUUUGGCAAAGUUGCGCGCUGACUAAAACAUUAAACUUUAAUGGAAUUCAACAUCAAAUCCACUCGGAGACAAAUUACUUUUGUAGGAAUGCCUAGUGAAAGUUGAUCAUUCUAGCGGUGUAACUAGAAUAUCUGGUAAGUAGUGCCUCAACUUUAAAGUGAAAUCAUGUGCAGAAUGAAAAUGCAUUUCUUAAUGACAGAUACCCGGUUCAUUGAGACAGGCUGUGCUGAGGACAUUUGUGUUUUACGAAUACCGUUUAAUUUUAGAUUUUCAUACUGUGGUUUACCCUCUCUGUACCAAGUUAUAAAGCUUUGAAGUAAAACAUGGUGAUUAGUAAAUUGUAAUUUAGAGGUGAUUAAAAUCACGCAAAAGGUAUUUUUGUUUUUGUGUAACUAAUGUAAUACAGCACACUCGCGUUAAUUAGUGUAAUACCACCAGAUGUGUCUUGAUGAUCAAACUUUGGAAUUACGUAAACAACAGUUUACCGGAUACUAUUAUGAAUAACACGUUUAGACAAGGAACGUAAAAAGUGUUACAGUGCGUGAUUCUAUAGCUACACUGUAUGAGCAAUUAAUUCCUGCUGCACGGGAAACGUUACCACAGUUAAAAGCUUUUUGCACGGGGAGUAUGGGAGAACGAUCGGCAAUCGCAAGCUGGUUAUGGAAGACGAUAUCUCCUGUAUUUCUGGUUCUCGGCACUGUAGGAAACCUGCUCAGUAUUGUCGUGCUGACACGGCCGGGCACGAGAAAGUCGUCCACAGCAAUAUACCUCACAGCUCUAGCUAUAACAGACUUGACAGUUUUGUAUACGGGUUUCUUGCGAUGGUGGAUGAUAUAUACGUUUGACUUAGAUAUUCGACUUUUUAAUGACGUCGGCUGUCGUUUUCACUGGUUUUCCACAUUUGUCGCACCUGAGAUAUCGUCCUGGCUCCUUGUGGCUGUUACAUGUGAAAGAAUAGCGUGCACAAUCUGGCCACAUAGAGUACGUCUGGUCUGUACCAGGAGGUCAGCUAGGUUCACUGUAUUUGCGAUCGUGCUGGUCCUGUGCGGAGGAAGUUGUCAUUUGAUAUUUGGCACGUCCCUCCGCACCGCGGAGAUAGAACCAAGUCUUAUAUCAUUGGAAAACAUGACUACUUCAGGCACUUUGAUCGGAAAUAAUCAAAGUACAAGAACUACUACUGAUCUUUAUUCCGCGAACGAAUCGGAAAGAAAUACCACAGACACGCAUGCAGUGGAAUAUAAGUUUAUUUGUGAUGCAUUCAGUGAUGAAAUGUACCGUAGCUUUUUCAGCUUCGUGUACCCUUGGAUAGAUCUGUUGUUAUAUUUCUUCAUACCGUCGGUAAUUCUUUCAGUCGGAGAGGUUUUAAUAUUGCGGAAGGUAAUGGAAAGCCGACGGCUCCGGAUACGAAUGUCGCAAAAGUCUAAUGCAUGCGUGGAAAUUACCGCAAAUAGCAGGUCAAUAAUAAUAAUGCUCCUUACUGUCAAUGCAGUAUUUAUAAUCUGCACGACACCAAUUUCAGUUUUUCUUAUUGGGAGACCGUACUGGGUAAAUUCAGAAACCGGACUUACCGAACAUCAGGAGAUAGUAUGGGCCGUUGUUAACUUACUGAUGUACCUAAAUCACACGAUAAACUUUAUCCUAUAUUUUCUUAGUGGUUCAAGAUUUAGGGAAAAAGUUUAUGAGCUAUUUAAAAAGAAACGUCCCGAUUCAUCUUUCAGUCAGGAUGCUGUCAGUGACAACGGACAACAGGGACAAACAACAGAAAACCCAUCCGUACCUUCCGGAGUUAGUCGGCCAAACCCGAACGUUUCAUUGCAGACUGAUUCUAGCAAUAUAUCAUUAGAAUCUAUCAACAGUUGUUAGUGGUUUAAAUGAUGACACUGACAUUAUCGACAGCAUGUAUUCAUAACUAUUCUCUUACACAAAUGCAUGAAAGGAAUAUACUAGCAUACAGGCGUAUGUACAUAACAAACAAUCUAUUUGUCUCAGACUAUUCUUCCAUUCUUAUCAUUUCCUGUGUUAUAAUUAUGUAUUUAUGUAAGUCAUCGUUCUAGGAAUUAAACUGUGUUUAAACUAUGUGUGUAUGCUAAAAGGCCAGUACUGGUUCUUUUUAGGAAAGGCGGCUUCGCGUGUAUCGGUACACGUUAAAGAACCAGACUGUCUAUUCGCGAUGAGCUAGGCUUAGUUAGCCGGACUGACCUAUAUCUGAAAGGAUGUUUUCUGGGGUCUUUGUCUUACUCUGCCUCUCAUGUCAAAUUGCUCUGUAACUGUACUAGUAGCGGAUGAUUUUGGCGUCCUGAGUGGCUGCCUUUGGGCUAUGUAAAGCGCCUUGGAAUGCGUUUAUUCAUGAAAAGAGCACUGUAUAAAUCUGAUAUAAUAUAAUACAUAUAAUUAAACAAUAUCUCAUGAGUCGCCAUGUAAUUGAUAUUCUUUUCGCAGGU